AUAGCAAUAAAAUCUAGAAACUAGAAAGCUAAAAGUUAAGUGGAAACUGACUAGGAAACCAAAAUUUUCUGAAGCCAGCAGUGGGGAAAGCUGAGAAGCUACUUGUUUUAUGCUGCAGAACCCCUAGAUGGCUCAGAGAUUGGCAGCACCAGGAAUUCUGGAAGUAGAAAAGGAGAGGCUGAAACAGCUGAAAGUCUUUCUCCCAGACACUGCCCAGUCAGGUAAAGUCCCCCUACUACCUAAGCAGAAAAAUGAGGUUUUUUUUUUUAUGCUGGGGAGAACAAAACUAAUGGAAUCUGGGCAUAAGUGACUGCAGGGAUGUUAUGUCAAAAGCAGGGAAAAUAACAUUAAAUACUAAUUACUGAGCUAAACCCAACUUUUUCACCACUCAGUUCUCAGAACGCUGGCCACUUGGUGUCACCUUUUCAGGCAGUAUAUCAGAAAAGUCAUUUUGAGGAAUCUAAGCAGCCCAAAAGGAACAAUCUAAAGAUAAUGACGUUAGGGAUGCCCCAAGAAAACAGCCUAUUAAGGUCACUCUAUAGUAAGGUCUAAAGUUGGGUAAGAGCUGGGAAUUCUCUGGAGGUCAAGCAGUUAGGACUCUGCCCUUCUACACGAGGGGGCAUAGUGUUCAAUCCCUGGUCAGGGGGCCAAAGAACCAAAACACAAAACAGGAGCAAUACUGCAACAAAUCCAGUAAGACUUUAAAAAUGGUCCACAUCAAGAAAAUAUUUUUUUAAAAAAGAACCAUAUAAAUGCAGUUUCCAAUCAGUUUUUUCAUUUCCCAUUCUUAUAUGCAAGUCCUAAACCAAAUAUUAACAGAUAUGGGAAGUUUAAAAGAAAUCCUCUAAUAAAAAGGAUACUUAUCAAAAGAAACUGGAAAAACAUGACCUUAAGACACAAAGGCUUUUCAAGGGGAAAAAAACCAAGAGAUACAACAAGAAGAAACAAGAAAAUAUAUUCCUAUGACAGUAUAUUACAAAAGAAAUUUUCAGAGAAUUAAAAAGAGCUCUGAGAAUUAAGAAGAUAACAGGAAAAAGAAAACUUUAAUAGACGAGUUUGAAGAUAAAGUUCCAGACAGCAGAGCAAAAACACAGAGAUGAAAUGCAGAUGAAUAAACAUAAAAGAUUAGAAAAUCAUACAAGGAGAUCCAAUUCCUUUUAGAAUUAAAGGAGUUCUAGAAUGGGAAAUAAGAUUUUUUUAAAUGGGAAGAAAAUUAUCAAUAUCAUCAAUGAAAUAAUUCAGAAAGAUUCCCACUGUUUUCCGAUUGAAACCACCCACCAAGUACCUAUUUCAUAGACUUUCACAAAAUAGACUCUCACAAAGGAUCAUGAAAUUUCAGAAUAGCCAGAUUAAGGCUAUAUUGUACAGCACAGAGAAUACAGCCAAUGUUUUAAUAAUAACUAUCAGUGCAGUAUAACCUUUAAAAAUUCUGAACACUAUACAAUAUACCUCUAACUUCUAUAAUAUUGUUCAGCAACAUACUUCAGAAAAACAGCUUUGGGUUUAAGAAGUGGCAAGUUACGUAAAAGGAUAAAGAAUUAGAAUGGCACAGCAUCUCAUUUCUUAACAGUAAUACAGUCAUGGUUGGUUGAAUCCACAGAAGUAAAACCUGUGAAUACAAAAUCAGGCCCUUUGUAAUGUAUAUUCAUUACAUUACACCAUUUUAUAUAAGGAAUUUGAACAUCUACAGAUGUGGUAUCUGCGGGGGCUUCCAGAAACCAAUCCCCUGCAGAUACCAAGGGAUGACUGUACUAGAAAUCCAAAGACAACGGAGCAAUGCCAUCAACCAUUUGAGGGAAAAUCAUUUCCUACUUAGAAUUCUAAGAAUUCUAAGAAAUCCUACUUAAAAUUUCUAGCCAAAAUACCUUUCAAGGUCUAAAAAGUAUUUCCUCCUAUGGACCUUCUCAGGAAGCUACUGCAGGAAACUCCAUGGGAAAAAAGGCAGUAAUCCAAGACAAGGCAUUCUAGAAAACAGAAAUCCAGUAACAAGGGCAAAAGAGAAUCUCUACAAUGAAGAUAGGAGGAGAGUGGAGGUCAACAACUCCAUAGAGGGCCUAGUGAUCAGCUCAUCCAUAUCAGAGCAUGGCAGCAGGCUCUAGGAAAGACUUUUUCAAGCAAAUGAAAUAGAUUAAAAUAUCUAAUAUACAUAAACUAUUGAGAGAUUUGCUAAGAGUGUUUGUGUAUAAAUUAAAGGGGGUAAAAACCCUAAGCACAGGAAAAGAAAACAAACACAAUUAACUAAAGUAAAAAGUAUGCAGGAACAGAAUAAUAAUCCUGUUAACAGGGCUCAGUCUUUGACAGUUUUAUACAUUUCUGAAGUAUAAACUGAGUUAUAUAAACUGCAGCUGCUGCUGCUAAGUCGUUUCACAGUCAUCUAACCACAAUUAUAACUGACUAUGUUUGGAAAGUGAAGAGACACUAGAUAUAUAUUUGAUGCAUUGAAGAUAAGGGAAGUGAAGAGACAGUAGAUAUAUAUUUGAUGCACUGAAGAUGAAGGUAAUGAGUUAUUUGAAAGAAGCUGAGGACUCUCAUCUCCUAAAAUGUUAAGUCAAAGGAUAAUAUGAAUAGAUAAUGCCUAAAGUCGAAAAGUCAAGAAGUAGCAAUAUGAGUAUAUACUUAAAGAUAUAUUAAUAUAUACAUACAUAAGUAUAUAUACCCUUCUAGACUUUCUUUUGUGCAUAUAUAUUAAAAUUUUAAAAUGCACAACCACUUCAGUUGUUUUAAAGUUCCUCUCAAUAGAUCUAGGAACUAAAGAGAUAUCCUGAAAAUUACUGUCUUUCAUUCUCUCCAGGAGCAUUUCAGUUUCUAAGAUCAGAGUGCAGGGAAGGUGAAGGGAUCUUUACUUAUUUCCUAUUUUACAUAUUUUAAGAAAAAAUAGACUUAAAAGGAGUAAAAAGGAAAUCAAAAUGUCCUCAAAAGACUAAUGUUCUAGUCUCCUAACAAGAUGUAAAUACUCUUUUCUAUCAGGUUAGCAGUAUGAAAACCAUGAGCAUCACAAUCUUGUUCUGGCUGCUCUCCAUGCUAUUAUUAUCAGAAGAAAACCAGACUUCUAAAACAGAAGUCAAAUGUAAUUCUACUGCAAAGAAUUAUUCUUUGAUUCCAGCAAAUAUCAACAAAAAUGUUACUAUACUUGACCUCAGUUAUAAUCAAAUUACUCUAAAUAUCACAGACACAAGAGUUCUACAGACAUAUUUUUUACUCAAUGAGCUCUAUUUGAUUGAGAACAAAGUCAAUAUCCUACUCAAUAAUUGUUUCAGUAACCUGUCCAAUCUAGAAAUUUUAAAUAUUUGUAGAAAUUCCAUCCACACAAUUCAAGAGGGUGCCUUUACAGGAUUACAUAAACUGAAAAAGUUAAAUCUCUGCCAAAACAAAAUAGUUCAACUGAAUCCUGAUACAUUUUUGCCUCUUAAAAACCUGAUACUAUUGAAUUUGCAUGGCAAUUUGAUAAGCUAUUUUGAUGUACCACAACUGUUUCAUCUGGAAUUCAUAAUUUUGUAUGGAAAUCCAUGGAACUGCUCCUGUAGUCUACUGAACUUGCAAAACUGGUUGAAGACAUCAAAUGUGACACUAGAAAAUGAGAGCAUCACCAUGUGUAGUUAUCCAGAUAUCCUGAAGUGCUACAACAUCAAAACAGUGCCUUACAAGGCUGAAUGCUACUCAAAAUUUCCUUCAUCUAUAACUGAAGACCUUCACAUUCAUUUUCAGUCCAUUUACAAUUCAACAUUUAAUAACUCUUUGAACAACUUGACAAGAAAUUCAGAACAUGAAUCUCAUGGAAAAAGCUGGGCUUUUCUUGUCGGUGUUGUCAUCACUGUAGUGAUGACUUCACUACUCAUUUCAGUUGCUAUCAAAUGUCCAGUAUGGUAUAAUAUUCUGCUUAGUUACAAUCAUCAUCGUCUGGAAGAGCAUGAAGCAGAAACCUAUGAAGAUGGUUUUACUGGAAAUCCAAGCUCUCCUUCACAGAUACCAGACACAAACUCUGAAGAAACUACAGUAAUAUUUGAACAACUACAUUCUUUUGUGGUAGAUGAUGAUGGGUUUAUUGAAGACAAAUAUAUAGAUACUCACGAAUUACGUGAAGAAAAUUAAUUUCUUUCAAUGUCUGAUUUUUUAAAAAAUGUUACCAGCUCACUCACAUUUUAGGCAUGGAAAUUUUGAUCAAUGAUAUACUGAACUAUGGCCAGUAGACCAUCAUAUUAAUUGCAACACAUAAAUAUCAUAAAAUUACACUCCUCUCAUUGACUUUGUGCAAGUAGGUCCAAAUACAGUAACUGCCACUCCUUGGUACCUAACAGUUAAAAUACUAGCAUUACUAUUAUCAGCAGUAUAUAUGAGACCCAAAAUAAUAGUAGGAAAAAAAUCUACAUUAUUCCUUAAUUAAAGUGAACAGAUUCUCAUAUUAGCCAGAUAUUUGAUGUAACACCUAUUAAAGUUUUACUGAUUGGAAUCAAUAAAGAAAUAAAGAUUUUGGAAUUUUAUCAUAAGCUGAAGUGAAGAAAAGAGAUAGCUUAAACUGACAACACAUUAAGAUUGAUUUUAUGCCCACAGAAUGAAUUCAUGAAAUUGGAAAAUGCUUUUUAAAUCUUUUUAAAUGCUUCCUGAAUUGGCACAACAAAUUUCUGAAAAUUUAGCAGCAAUUUAAAGCACAGGCACAACGUCUGGGCACAAUCUCUUUAUUUCAGUUAUGGAGAAAGAUUGUCAUCAAAAUGACUGUUGCAACUGAAUAAUACAGUAACUUCCAAAGUGGAAAUUAUCUAUGCAUCUUGUUUUAAAAAAUACCUAUUCUGCUCCUUUGGAGGACAUUUUUAUUCAAGUGAUUCUGUUCUGGAGCUAAGGAAUCUUCAGUUGGCCUAUGGUUAGUUCUUUGGGAUGCUGUAGGCAGAGCAAUGUUUCCAAACUUGUUUUCUAGAACAUUAACUUCCAGACAUUCAGAAGUAUUUACAGGAUGGAGGAUUAAAAGGUAAAUGGUCAAAGUAAAAGUUGCUCAGUUGUGUCCAACUCUUUGCGACCCAUGGACUAUGCUGUCCAUAGAACUCUCCAGGCCAGAAUACUGAAGUGGGUAGCCGUUCCUUCUCCAGGGGAUCUUCCCAACCCAGGGAUCGAACCCAGGUCUCCCUCAUUGCAGGUGGAAACUACUAUAGAAUUAUGAGAAAAUACUGGGUUUAAACAAAGUCAAACAAGCUUCUUCACUAUAGGACUUAUAGUAAGGAAGACUUCUUUGCUAUCCAAGACUUUACUAAGCUAAACUGCUUUCUGCUCUUCAAGAGCAUAAUAUUAAGAAUUUGCCAGAUUUCCUGACAACAAAACCUUUUCUCUGAUGCAUAGCUACUAACAGAUCAUAGCACAAUAAUAGUCCAAAGAAAACUGGCUUUGAAACUAUUACAAGAAAAGUCUAAAGUGAAUUAUUUGCUAAUUCUUUAUCAUCAACUGGCUACAAUCAUAAUUUUAACAAGUUAACGUAAAUAGUAGCACUAAAAACUGUAAAAAAAAUUCCAUCAUUUUUACUUUUCAUAUGUGGGGUAAUUUAGUAUACAGUAUUUUAUCUAUAUAUAUUAGAAAAAAAUUUCUAAAACACUGAAAUAUAUUUACAGAUUAAAUAAUAUGAUGUUUUAGAUUUUCUUCAUUAUACAAGGAAGAAAACAGCAUCCAGUGGUGUAGAUGGAGCAGGGUUGGAUAAAAGUUGAUGGAGAUGGGUGCUUAGGAGUAUGCUAUUUUAUUUUUGUGUAUGUUCAAAUUUCUCUAUAACAUAAAGUUUCAAAAAUGUGUAUAACUGAUAGUUGCUUAGAAAAAAGAGACUAAAAAUAAUGUAGAUGUAUAUUAUUUUCUAACAAUAGUCAUUUUUAAGGUUAUAUAAAUAGUAAAUUCAGUUCAAAUGUCUACCAAGGAAAAUAAAAAUUGUUUAGGAUGAUAUACUCUGUGAAAUAAAAUAACUGACUCAUUUAUAAUGCAUAUUUGCUUGUAUUUAUAGGAACAUGUUUUCAAUAAAGGAUAUAAAUGUUUUAAGUGUAGUAUUUCCUAAUAGAUAACAUAAAUUAUAUAAAUGUUAUAAUUUUAAAUCUCAAUUAUAGGAGUUAGAUAACUAUAUAAACAUAAGGCAUCUUUUUCUACAUAACCUAUCAUUUUACAGAAUGUUAUUUCCCAAUUUAAGAGGCAAAUGUUCAUAUUUUAUAAAUAUAGUAAAAAUGAAAUAGAACUAUGAAAAAUAGCAAAGACUACAACAAAUCUCUUAUAUUCAAAAGACUCUUAUAAUUAUGUAUAUUUUUCAAAGAUAAAUGAUUUUGGCUAAUACAAAACUAAAAAAGUAUAGACAUUAGAAAUGGAAGAAAAUCAUUAGUUCAAGCAGGUGUGCGAAAAUGAAUUAAAGCCAGAUACCAUAGUAACAUAUUGAGCCUAUAUACUAUAACCACCUUAUUAUAAGUAGGUGUUCCAUAAUAAAACAUAGCGUCCCAUGCCACAGUAAAUGGUGGCACUAAAGGAGAAGAGAAAGAAAACAUAGGUUUUUUAUACCUGUUUUCUCAAGGUAUGGCAUUUCCUGCUCCCUUUAAAUGUACAGGAUAACACAAGGUAUAUUCUUGCAUUAUUAAGAUGUCGACCAUCCGAUUAACACAUGAAAUAAAUCUAUCCCCCUUGUAUAUAAAAAAAUAAACUUUAUAAAAAUAAUUUUUAUUCAAUUUAAAAUUCCUCUUAAAGGGUCAGGUGACCCUAUCUCACUCAGUCUUAGUUACAAACUACAGAUAUUAAGUUUCGAAACUGUAACAUUUUCAGGAGAAAGUACCAUAUUUUAAGAACAUUUUCCUUAAUCAAAGAACCUAAUAGACAUAGAAAUCUACAUCAUCAUUAACUUUAUAACCUGUGAGUUAUCUUUUCGGAUAAAAUAUCUAUAAAACACAUACAUGUAACGUUUACAAAUCUGACCAGUGCAUCACAUAGGUUUGUACAUAAAUGCGAAAAUAAAUGAGGACUAAAUGUUCUAAUGCUCUCUUGGAGUUGAAGCUUCAAUACUUUGGCCACCUGAUGUGAAGAACUGACUCACUAGAAAAGAC